AUGAGUCCUUCUGCCCUCUACAGGGUAUAUUGGUCACUGAACGCAACCAAGUCACCUCAGUUUGCCAAUUUAUAUUUGAGUAAUAUCGACCAGCCCGCAAUAAAUAAAUAAAUAGAUAAAUAAAUAAACAAACAAACACAUAAAUAAAUGGGUCACUAAAGCGAUAACAUUCACAUCCUUUGACCGUUAAAUGUUGUUUGACGUCAUGCUCGCUACAAAUUAGUGGGUUGAAUUUAGUUGUACAUUUUGCCACCCAUUUACAAUGAGCAGUGUCAUUAAAGGUCAGGAAAAUAAAACCUGUGAGUCAAACCAACAUGAGGACAACAUUUCCAGUGAGGAAACCCUUUCUCCGAGAGCGCAGAUUAUUCGAUCAAAACUCAUCAACAUGGCAGAUCUCUGCGAUCUUCUCCCAGAGCGCGAGGAGCACAAAGACAAACCACAACACAGCGUCAAGGAUGUGACUGAUCUGGAGCGAUACACCAGUCUGGAGAAUGAAUAUAAUCACUUGGUGAGGUUUGAAAUCAGUCGCCACAGAAAAGACAGCAUUACCCUGGAGCAACGCAGACUGAACCGUGUGCUGAACCGCCAUUCCAGAUAUCCUCCUCUGAAUAUGUUUGCACACUGGAUCUUAGAGAGUAGUCUGUUUAAAGCUCUCAUGCUUGUCCUUGUCAUUUUGAAUGUUUCUUUACUAUCAGUAGAAGCAGAGUUUCAUGACUAUAAGGAUCCAAGCAUAGACAUCCUUUUGGUGGUUCUACAACUACUGAACUGGUCUAUACUACAAGUUUACGUUUUAGAAAUCAUCCUGAAGUGGCUGGACGAUUUCUGGCUGUUUUGGAAAAGUCCAUGGAACGUCUUUGAUUUUGCUGUGACUCUGAUGCCUGUUCUUCCAGCGAUUGUCCCCGAGACCUUCAGAGGUGCGUUAAUAUCGCAAAAAUUUUUGAAACUUCUCGUCCAGUUUCGCGUCCUCCGAUGUUUGAAGAUUGUUUCCAGAUUCCAGGAUAUUCGUCUUAUGUUGCAGAUAAUCUACCAUGCAUGUGGGACCGUGAAGUUGAUAUUUCCAGUGUUGGUAAUGAGCUUUUUAGUUUUUGCUGUGUUUGGAGUAGUUCUGUUCGAAAAAUACACCGACUCCAACGUUGAAGGUCUGCUCUACAAGAAGGAUUUCAAAGAUUUAUCCAGUGCGUUCAUCACACUCUUCAGUAUUUUUACCUUUGAGCACUGGCUUGAUUUACUAAAAGACAUUCAGAGAGUUCCAGAGCUAAACCAUCAACUCUGUGGAUUGUUCAUUAUGGUGUGGUUUGUUUUUGGAGCCUUGAUGACCUGUGUUUUUAUGACCCUUAUAAUUGAUGACUUUCAGGAAAUUCGUAACAAUCUCUCCAAAGAGGUGCAACAAUUGCAAAUCCUGCGCAGAGCAGAGAUGUUCAAAGCAAGUCAUAUGGGGGCGAUAAGCCAAACAAACCAACUGAAGGACCACAAACCUGUCAAAGAUGAGGAAGAACAACCAAGUCCAAAUGUUAAUUUGGACGGCCAUACCUCGAGACAUGAGCUGGAGUGGGACAUGGGUCUGGAAGCGUUUAUUCAGGCUGCUGAGUUUCAGGACGACUGUGAGACAGAGUGCUGGCGUGAAGACAAUCUCCACAGGUACUUCGAGCUGAUGGAAAAGCUCCAGCGCAACCUAGAGGAGAUGGACCGGCUCCAGGAUAUAUUCGUUCAGGCUUUCCUUAACCUGCAUGAAUGCUGAGAAAAGUAAGAAGAAUGCAUCAGCAAACCAACUCUGUGACUUCUGUUCUCCGUCACAAACACUGGAUGGGGGACUUAGAUGUUUUUUUUUCACACAGUUUACACUCAUUUCUAAAAUGUAUAUAGUUUAAAUACUUUCUAAAAUGACAUCAGUAGACAUUAGUAACAUUUGUAUUGGUAAGAUAAUAAACCUUUUCAUCUUUAUGAUAUAUUGUAAUGAUACCUGCUUGUUGGCAAUUGACUGU